AGCCAGUGGGUGGGUCGCCACUGACUCGUGAAACAUACCAGCCAAGAAGUUCUGCAAAGUCACCACCAUUCACAAACAACACACUUCUCUCUCUCCCACCCUCACUUGUCGCUCCAGCACUCGGAGGGUGAAGUCACACUUUCCCGUCCCGGCACGAAAGGUGAACCUAAAAGAAACAUCUGUUUGGUUUCUGGAUUGGGAUUUAACCUCACCUGUUCAAUAACAAUCUGUGCGUGGAUAUAUUCCCAGCAUCAUCGAGAUGACGCUCCUUCUCUCAGUACUUUUUUACCUGUCAGUUGUUCAGAUGUGUGUGGGGGACCAACCUUUGGAGGAAGUCAUUGUAGUAAGAGAAGCACCUCGAUUGGGUGGCUGGUCUGAGAGAAGUCCAGAGUCACAGGAGGUUCAGGCGGCGGCUCAGCACGCCGUCGACACAUUCAACACACAGUCAAACGGCAGGAAGUUGUUCAAGCUGGUUGCCAUCACAUCUGCACAAUCUCAGGUGACCAACGGCAUCGACUACAAGAUCGAUGCAAUGCUGGGAAAAACCAAGUGCCUCAAGGGUGAAAAUCAUGACUUGAACAUCUGCAAACUUGAGAAAAAGCAUCUCAAGUGCCACUUUGAGGUGUCAUUCAACCCCCGCAACGACAAACAUGAGCUUCAUACACGCAAGUGCAAAAGGCUGCCAGCCAACAACAUUCAAGCUUAAUUUUUUUUUCCCCUUUUGUAUUUCUUAACGUUUUGCUAUGACGACUGAAAAUGUUGCAUGUGUCAUGAGCAACUUCCUAGGACACGACACAUAAAUAAAGUGCGUGGUUUAUAAUGAA